UGCGUGAUCGCUUCGACAAGGUGUACUCACAGACAUCGCAGAGCUGCGAACGAGGAAGGGAUUCUCCGCUAGCCAGUGAACCAUUUUUCUGUCGUCAAACGGAUCAAGCUUUUUGUGAGACUUGGAUCGAUCACAAAAAGCGGGAUUCGCUUUUCGCAUAGGAAUUGGCCUGUCGAGGAGCCAGCUGAACUUCCACGCAGCACGUCCUCCCAAAAAACAACAUUACAAUGGAGGAAAUGCAUCAGCCACAACAGGUUGGGCCUAACAUGAUGUCUUCUUCUGUGGGCGGCGUAGCUAAUCAUUCAACAAACAAUGUUAAUCGUCGUAACAGAGUUCGAGUAACAUUACAUGCUAUGAUGUUAGAAAAAUUACCGUUACACGAGGCAGCGCGUUUGGAAAUGAAGGCGUUACCCAGCAAAACACCCGUCUCCGUUCUUCAGGAAUUACUUUCUCGCCGAGGCACGAUACCCAAGUACGAACUGGUCCAAAUUGAAGGGGCUAUCCAUGAGCCCACGUUUCGGUACAGAGUCACCGUUGCUGAUGUCGUUGAUCCAAUUGUUUCAGCAAUGGGGACCGGCAGGUCCAAAAAGGAAGCUAAGCACGCCGCCGCGAAAGCCGUGCUGGACAAACUAAUUGGCGUGAACACCGAAACCUCAGAAUCUCCGCUCCCGAAUAACAUACCCGACUCCCAAAAUUUACAAGAACUACAGACGUAUGGCGAGGAGAAAGUGGUGAACAACCCAAUCGGAGCCUUACAAGAAAUGUGUAUGUCCCGCCAUUGGCCCCCACCGAAAUACACGAUGGAAGGUGAAGAAGGUCUGCCGCACGAGAGGCAGUUCACUAUCGUCUGUUCGAUCCUAAAGUAUCGCGAGGUUGGGCAAGGAAAGAGUAAAAAGGUUGCCAAGAGACACGCCGCUCAUAAGAUGUGGCAAGCUCUGCACGAUAUGAACAAUCAAACUUCCAAUGUGGACGAGGAUGAGAUUGUGCAAAGAAAUGCAAACGUGAGCGCCCGUUAUGCCGAUCUGAAAGGUAGCAAAAUCUCGACACUGACAACAAUACAUAGUAUCCAAGUUUCGAAAUUUCACAAGAGUCUCAAGUCGUCCACAGGUGUUAAGCUUUUUCAACUGCAGAAUACUUGUUUCAACGAUGGGGAUGUAAAUUUGGUGCAAUUCUUACAAGAAAUCGCGUCGGAGCAGCAGUUCGAAGUUACUUAUGUUGAUAUUGAAGAGAAAUCUAUCAGUGGUAAAUUUCAGUGCCUUGUGCAACUGUCUACCCUGCCAGUGGCAGUUUGCUAUGGUUGCGGUGCGACUAGUAAAGAUGCUCAAGCCAGUGCUGCUCAAAAUGCUCUGGAGUAUCUGAAAAUCAUGACCAAGAAGUGAGCCAGCGCUUUGCUCCUGCCAGCUGUCACCAUCAACUGCAAGCCCCACAAUAAUUUGGCAUCUAAAAGUAACAACGGUGACACCAAAGUAUCGCCAGCCAGCAAUCAGAUCUCCGACAAAGGAAAA